AUGAUGCCGUCCUCAAGGCGGACAUUACUUCUCUCCUCACUAUUGCUGCUCUCUUCCAGUACAUCCGCCUUCUACCUCCCUGGUGUCGCGCCGUCCUCGUACGAUGAAGGCCAAUCGGUGCCGCUAUAUGUGAACCAUCUCACGCCUGGCAUCGCCAGACAAGACGAUCAAUUACACGCCGUGCUGUCAUACGACUACUACAACCCUAUAUUCCACUACUGCCAGCCCAAGGAUGGACCGGAAGACGUUCGAGAGUCGCUCGGCAGCAUCAUUUUCGGAGAUCGCAUUCGCACAUCGCCCUUUGAGUUGCACAUGGCUAAGAAUGAAACCUGCAAAGCUGUUUGCGGAGAGGUGAAGUUUGGCCCUCGCGAUGCGCGGUUCACGAACAAUCGUAUCUCGCAGGGUUAUAAUGUCAAUUGGCUGGUGGAUGGACUUCCUGCUGCCAUGCUGAAUCUGGAUCCCAUCACUGGGGCCGAGUUUUACAAUCCGGGCUUCCUUAUGGGCACGGUUGACGAAAAUGGACAGCCGAUGCUGAACACUCAUUUCGAUAUCAUAAUUGACUACCACAAGGUUGGUCUUUCAGCGCAAGACAAGUACAGGGUGGUUGGCGUGUUGGUUCAGCCGGACUCGCGCGGCGACUCCUUCGUUGACGCGAAUAACCAAGUCGACUGCGGCGAGGGAGGCGGCCCGAUGGUUCUAAGCGAAGACAAGGAAACGAAUGUUGUCUGGACGUAUAGUGUUUACUGGAGGGAGUCGGACACGGCGUGGGCGACGCGAUGGGAUAAAUACCUGCACGUCUUUGAUCCCAAGAUUCACUGGUUUUCCCUGAUCAACUCUUCGGUGUUUGUGGUCUUUUUGGUGGGUAUGGUCAGCAUGAUUCUCAUCCGUGCGCUCCGAAAGGAUAUUGCCCGCUACAACCGCCUCGACCAGAUCAAUCUCGAUGAUCUCAAUGGCACCUCUGUGGUCGAGGACGGCAUUCAGGAAGACUCGGGCUGGAAGCUUGUUCACGGGGACGUAUUCCGUUGCCCGAAGUCGCCGUUGCUCCUGAGUGUUCUGCUUGGAAACGGAGCGCAGCUGUUCGUUAUGACCGGUGUCACAGUUGCCUUUGCGCUAUUUGGACUGCUCUCUCCAGCCAAUCGGGGGUUCCUUGGCACGACAGUCCUCAUUCUGUACACAUUGUUUGGGUUCAUCGGAGGCUAUGUUUCUUCGCGGACUUACAAGUCCUUCGGGGGUGAAGCCUGGAAGCGCAAUAUCAUUUCGACGCCUCUUUUGAUUCCCGGCAUGGUGUUUUCCUGGUUUUUCUUGUUGAACUUGUUCGUCUGGGCCAAAGGCUCAAGCGGUGCUGUUCCCUUCACUACCAUGCUUGCCGUUGUUGCUAUCUGGUUUGUGAUUAGUCUUCCUCUGAGCUUUGCCGGCAGCUGGCUUGGAUUCAAGUCUCAGGCAUUCGAGGCCCCUACCAAGACUAACCAGAUUCCUCGCCAAAUCCCACCGCCGACCGGUACUCUUCGCCCGAUCCCGUCGCUGCUGCUUACUGGCAUUCUGCCCUUUGGCGCGAUCUUUGUGGAGCUCUACUUCAUCAUGAACUCGCUCUGGACCAGCAAGAUCUACUACAUGUUCGGAUUCUUGUUUCUGUGCUACGGGCUGAUGGUCAUCACGACGGCGGCCACUACCAUUCUGCUCAUAUACUUUAUGCUGUGUGCAGAAGACUACCGGUGGCAAUGGCGCGCGUUCAACGGCGCGGGCAUGACGGGCUUCUACGUGUUUAUGAAUGCACUCAUUUUCUGGGCGACUCGAGUCAGCUUUGGCGGGUUCACGGGGGCGGUGCUGUACGUUGGGUACUCGGCAUUGAUAGGAUUCUUGGUUUAUAUCCUGACCGGCUCGAUCGGGUUCAUUGCCAGCUGGGCGUUUGUCCGCAAGAUUUAUGGCUCCAUCAAGGUGGACUAA